CCGCUCCUCCAGCGGCUCCACACCUCAGAUGGCCUGCUGCAGCGGCUGCUACAACUCGCGGAGGCUAGAAUGUCACCGGUGAUCCUUUGCACGAAGACAACACGGUCGUAAGAACAGAUUUGUGACAUUUAUCUUUUGUGUUAACGCUCGCAAUGGCGCUUAAUUGUGCAACUAUACGGACUCGCUCGGUGGUGUCUGCUCUCACGUUUUUUGUCGCGCUGUGGGGAUUUGCGCUCUCCAUCACCCGCUACUCCAUACCGGAGGAGAUGGAAGAGGGUUCCUUUGUUGCCAAUCUGGCCUCAGAUCUGGGUCUGGACGUUCGCAGUUUGCUGGAGCGCAAUGCGAAGCUCGAUGUCAUUCACAGCAAAAAUUACCUCGACAUUAAUAAAGACACCGGGGAGCUGGUCAUCCGCGAGAAGAUGGACCGGGAGAGCAUAUGCAUGACUAAAACAACCUCAUGCUUCCUGAAAAUGGAUGUCAUACUCUCCAAUCCCGUUCGCAUUUUCAACAUCGAGCUGGAGAUCUUGGACAUCAACGACAACGCGCCCGUUUUUCGUAGGAAGACAAUGCACUUGGACGUUUCUGAGGCAACCCCUCCCGGUGAGAGAUUCUCCCUGACCAACGCCGUGGAUGCGGAUGUGGGGGCGAAUUCAGUCAAGACCUACUAUCUCAGCGAAAGCAAAUACUUCAGCAUUGACAUCCAGACGGGCAGCGACGGCUCCAAAUACGUUGAUCUAGUGCUCAACGGUAAACUGGACAGAGAGGAGCAUGCGAUUCAUAAUUUGAUUUUAACUGCGGUGGAUGGAGGUGUGCCUCCCCGCUCUGGUACAGCCAGCAUAAUUAUUAACGUGCUGGACAUCAAUGAUAAAGCCCCCACGUUCAGUCAGCCCGUUUUUGCCGUCAAUGUUUCGGAGAACUCUCCAGUGGGGACGGUGGUGAUGACAUUAAACGCGACUGAUUUAGAUGAAGGCACAAACGCACAAUUAAUAUACUCGUAUACCCUGUACACCUCAGAGAAGACACAGGAGCUCUUCUCCCUAGAUCCACAAUCAGGCGAGAUCAAAGUGAAGGGGGUGAUCGAUUAUGAAGAGAGUCAGAGUUUUGAGAUGUACAUUCAGGCUCAGGACAGAGGGGCAAACCCACUGUCAGGACACUGCAAAGUGAUGGUUUACGUCACAGAUCUAAAUGACAACUAUCCAGAGGUGACCAUCAAAUCCCUGAAGAGAUCUGUGGCCGAAGAUGUCUCGGUAGGGACACUGAUUGCUGUGGUGAGCGUGAGUGAUAGAGAUUCUGGAGACAAUGGUGCCAUAGAUCUCCACCUGAACCAGCGGGAAGCCUUACCCUUUCGUCUGAGCAAGUCCUCAGAAGGUUACUUUGAAUUGCUGGUGUCGAAACCGCUGGACCGAGAAGUCAAAGGCAAAUACGACAUCAAACUAAUAGUGACAGACAGAGGUUUCCCAACCUUAUCUGAGAAUGAAACCAUUACCUUGGACAUCCUUGAUAUCAACGACAAUGCCCCCAUGUUCUCUCAGUCCUUCUACACAAUCCAUGUUAUGGAGAACAAUUCACCUGGAGCUUUAUUGACAUCCCUAAGUGCACAUGACCCAGAUUUGAAUGAGAACCAGUACUUGGUUUAUUUCAUAAUGGAGAAAGAGAUAGUUAACAUGUCUAUGUCCAUGCUUUUCUCCAUCAAUCCUGAGAAUGGGGAUCUUUAUGGCCUUAAGACCUUUGACUAUGAGAGAGAGAAGGAGUUCCUGUUCCACAUUGAGGCCAGGGACUCUGGUGUCCCUCCUCUGAGCAGCAAUGUGACAGUUCACAUUGUUAUCCUGGACCAAAAUGACAACACUCCCCUCAUUGUAUCACCAUGGCGAGCACACGGCUCAGUUGUUGAGGAGGUCAUACCGAGGUCCACGGAGAAAGGGCACUUGGUGGCCAAAGUGGUUGCCGUUGAUGCAGACUCUGAGCAGAAUGCCAGAGUCACCUACCAACUACUGCAGAUCAGUGACUCAACUCUCUUCAGCCUGGAUCAGUACAACGGUGAGAUCAGAACGACAAGGAUGUUCAGCUACAGAGACCCAAGGCAGCAGAGGCUGGUAGUUGUUGCUAAAGACAAUGGACAACCUGCUUUGUCUGCCACUGUUACCAUCAAGAUAUCAACAGUGGAGCACGCCAUGACCUUCUUAGAGACAACAGAGUUACCAUUAGAAUACGAAGUCUUCACCAACCUAAACCUGUACCUCGUAAUUGGUUUAGGAGCUGUGUCCUUUCUGUUGUUGAUAACCAUCUUGGUUAUUAUUGUCCUCAAAUGUCAAAAGCCAAAGCCAAAGGCCAUCAAGAUGCCCCCAGCCAACAGAAAUAGUCUGAUCAGCCAGAGAAGCUCCACCAUCGCAGAUUCCACACUGAUCUCCAGCGAUGCCUACUGGUAUAGCUUGUUCCUUGCAGAAACCAGGAAGGGCAAGGUGGUGGUGAGACAACCAAUCAUUCCCAAAGGAGCAGGAUAUUUUGUAUCCAGCAUACCCAGGAGCAUAGGCCCAAGUGAAACCACAGACUCCAGAGCAUCCACACUGGAGUACUCAAAAUGAAAGGAAGUCCAUUCUACAACUGGAGCAGCAGCCCAGAAGAGAGCAACGAUGAUGUAAUCGUCUCUUCCUGGGAGUCUGUGGCUGAAACCUUCCAGGGGCUUGCAAAGAAGAUAAACAGUUUUCUACUGUCAGUCCCUCUGCUCCAGCUCCUGUUUUCCCCUGUUUCCUUUUAUCCCACACACCAACAAUCAAUCAGUAUUCACCUUAUCCUUCUACCAGUGUGUGUGUGUGUGUGUGUUUUUUUUUUGUUUGUUUGUUUGUUUUUGCAUUUAGAUGUGAAUACUUUCUCGUAACGAGCAUUUGGACAAACCAUUUUACAGCAGGUUUCUUGAACAUUACUAAAGACUCCCAGUGGAUACAUUUGCCUUUUUUGUUCAGGUUUUACCAUGGGUUGUAGUUUUAGAAGCCAUCAGUUGUCUAAAGUAUACCUAAGUUGCCAUAAAGUUGUUGUUUUUUUAAUGCUGGAGUUUGAAACACGCCUAAUCAUAAAUAUACACACGAAUCAGGGUGAAUAAGCUUCUUCCAUCUGAUGAAUCCAUUAUUGUAGCUGGUUAUAACAUUCAGGCCUGAAACUAGGUGUCUUUUUUGUCCUAUUUUGUAUGGAGAAUCUUUCUGUUUGAUAAGACUCAAACUUUUAUCUAGUAAUCUUCAGUGAUUCAGUUUAAGUCUUUUUUUUUCUAUACAAUGUUGUGGUUAACAAAUUUUGAAUGUCUUAAAAAAAAUUGACAAAACAGAAUGAAAGAAAGCAGGUAAACGUAAAAAGAACAAACCAAUAGCUUUCCCUUAUUAUUAUUUGAUUGUAGUUCAAAUAUGAGUCGUUACGAGGGUGGACAAGAUAAAACGCUCACCAACAAUAGAUGCGCAAUUGGUGAAAGACGUGCAUUUCUGGAGAGUAGUUUACAUCCACUCAUCACCGUACCUGAUGUUAAUUAUGGAAUUUUAUUAAUAUAUUUGAACAGUUUUUUUUUUUUUUUUUGGGGGGGGGGGGGGGGGGUUCUGGGGGGGUCCUAAUUGAGAGAUGAUUUGACAAAAGGUUUGACUGUGGAUGUUGUUUUUAUAAUUUGACUCAAAUAUACUCAUACACACCCACUAAUGUUUUGGGUAAAUAUCCACCAGUAAGAUGCAGAGAAAACAGACUUUCUGUAGUGAUGAACAAGGUCCCGGAAGUGCCAUAAACAGUUCUGGGCGCUCUUCUUGGCAUAAAUUGUACAUCUUGCUUAAAAAGGCUGACUUUUUUUGCCGUGGACCUAUUGAUGUUAGUCUGCCAAUCUUAGUUUUGAUCUGUGCUAUGGAUUGUUGUUGGAAGGACAAAAUUGUGUGCAAUGAUAACCAAACCAUCAAAAUCACUGGCAGCGAAACAGACCCUAAGCAUGGUGCUACCACCACUAUGCUUGACAAUUUUCCCUGUGUUGUUGGGCUUCAAAAGCUUAAAUUUACUCCCAACAUUCUAAUUUUUUACAUAAUAAAUUAGUCUCCUUCUAAAGAUUGUAAAAUUUCAGUCGAGCUUGAAGGUGUUAAUUUCGGAGUAUAAUGGCGCUCUCAGAACAAUUUUGAAUGUUGGCGGAUCUUUGGUUCUAAUGUCUUUUUAUCUGAGAGCUUCGGUUUGUAUAAUAUGGUUAAAAUUUGGAAGCAGAUUAGAGUUCCGGUGGGUAAAUUAUCCCAAAAACACAAUAUAACUACAUUGGUAAGACUUUAUUUAAGCUUCCCGAUUGACCUUUUGAAACCCCAAAAUGAAACAGAUUGAAAAUUUGUAGGCAAUACUUAAGAAACUUGGUUUGUACCAAGAAUAUUAGUGUUGGUGUAUGUAUAUAAUUGAGCUAUUUAUAAUUUUUGUUAUAAUUAUUUUAUCCAUUUUGGAGUAUAUCAUGCGUAUUUUCCCAAAUAGUUCACAAAAAAACAAAAUAUUUUAUUGAAACAAAUAAAUAUACACCUAUUUUUAUAAAGAUAUUCUGUCCAACCAUCUACUGCUGCCACCGACUGUUUCAGAGGGGAACUGCUGCUCCUCCCCUGCUGCGUGGAUUAGCAGAAGUCCCAAAUAAAUUUUGGCUCCUAAUUAAUGUGCUAAAAAUUUGUUGAAUUUAAAAAAAUUAUUUAUACUAUUCCAACUUAAAAAAAAUACCUGUUCAAAUGCAUCACUAUAAACCAAAAAUGUAUGUCAGCCAGGUUUGUGAUGAUUAGAUGUAAACUUUUAACAGUAACUGUACAUUGCAAUGCAAACUCUCAAGUUUCUAAGCAAAAUCAAAAACUGUUAUACAUUUAUGAACAAUCAGUUCGUCUCUUCUUGUUGAAGUGAGAGAAGUUUGUCGGUGACAAUUACAAAGUUUUGCCAGAGGGAAGAGCUUCAUAAAUGCGUUAUUCGCAAACAGUAAAGCGACUCGACUGGAAAUCAAAUGUUUCUUUUAGAAGCUAUUUCCCCAAAUUCUUCCCCAAAAAAACGUAAAAGAAAUGAUUUUAGGAAUUACACAACUGGUAGAAAAAAAGAAGGAUGAUGUAUGAGGUCAUGAUCUAAAGUAAAAUAUAAAUAACCAUAAAUAUGUUUAAUAGCCAGAGUAAAACUAUUAAAAAAAAAAGUAAUAAUCUUGGCCAGUGUAUGAUCGGAGGUAGUGGCAAGAUGUUCUUUGAUAAAUAUUAAUGUUUUUUAUAUAUAUUUUAUGUAGUAACUUUUAUUGCUGCUUUUGUGAGCUUCUUAAAGGACAUUUUGUUGCAUAUUUAUAGUGUAGUGCCGUCAUUUUAGUUGUGUACAUGAAUAAAAAAUGGAAUAAGAAAACAUUUUAUGACCUCAAAGGUACUGCUGCUGCACCGCCUUCAAGUCCAGGACUUCAAUUUCUCUGUAACAGGAAGCUUAUUAAGAGAGCUAAUUAGGCUGCUAAAUGAUUAAAUGUACUGGCGUCAGUUUAGGGAGGCUGGAUUAGGAGAGGAAAGAGAACAUUGUGUUCAUUAUAGUGACAGUAUUCCUGUAGCGACUCUGCUGACACUGCAUAAAAUGUAUUAAGCGGAUGACGGCGGUUUGAAUUUGGGAUAUGCGCGGAAUCUAAAUGUGAUCCCAUGCAGCACUCCUGCGGAAAUGCAGCGAAGGGGGAAUAUUUCUGGAUGUAUCCGGCUUCACGCUCUGAGUCAGUGAAAUGUUAUCCCCGCCAACUCCGUUUUUUUUUUUUCUUUUUCGUGCUGCUCACCUUUGAAAGCAUCUAGCUGGCUGCUUGUCAGCCUGAACAUGUCGCAUAAUGAGGGUCAAGUGCAUGUUAGAUGUGCAAUCAGUGGCAGAACUGAUUGAUUCCAACAGUGUUAAUGCAGUUUUCGGGUUGCACAUACGAUGAGCUCCUUGCGUGCCUUCUGCCUUGUACAAGAUGACUGUUGACAAAUGAAACAAUAGCAUUUCGUGCACACUAAAAACUGCUGGGUUUUUUGAAAAAACUGGUCCUCCAUAGAUUAUGGGCUUGAUUUAACACAUUAACCCCAUAACUCAAUAGGUUUGAGUUAUAGGUUUGAUUUCAUAUACUGGGCUUUUAUCCAGAGUUUUGUUAAUACUACCAAUGUUUUUUCCUGAUGGCAUGUACACAAAAAAAUUGAAAAAAUAAAAUCUGUAAACGUAUUUCAAAGUUCAAACAGAAUCUCAUAAAAAAUUAAAGCAGAUUCUAUGAAUAUGGCAAAUUAUUUUGGUCAAAGUAUCAAAUUUCAACACAGCUAGAAGCAUAAAAAAAAAGCUAUAACAAUAAUUAUAGAUUCAGUAGUGAGGAAACAGGAUCAACCUGGUAUUUUGGUCACAACUCCAAAAUAUAGCAAAUUAUAAAAAUUAAUAUAAGUUAAGCAAUCAUUAUUUGAACACAUUGCAAAAAAAGAAAAAGAAAAAUUCAAACAUAAAUACAUACAGCUCUGAGGCCUAUCUAAAUAAACUUUAUGGCCAGUUCUUUGAUUAAAAUUGCAGAGUUAGCACUAGUCAGUGGGCAAAGCAUUUUUUAUUGUGAACUGGUCAUUAAUACAACACAUUGACAUCGUCAUACAUUCUCUUUUUAUAGUCUUAAAUUGUCUGAUUUAUUUCUGUAGAGGAGAUUCAGUGAAUUCUGAUUCUCAAAAUGUUCGGCCGUAAAAACAUGACGAGUCUCUUCCUGGUGUCUGCUGAAACCCAACUGAGUCGCAAAUUUUAACCUGAUGUCAAUAUGACCCAACUUCUGUCCCAGCAGAAUAAACCCAUAAGAGAAGAAAAUAACCCAGCAGUUUUUUUUUCUUUUCAUGUGUGUAGUGUAAUCGAUUCGUUUUUCCCAGGUUACAGUAUCUUGAGCUGCUUGUUGGCUAGGCACUUUUAGACUCAGAACAGGGGUUCUGUUACGAACCAAUAGACGCGUUAAUUGUAAAUUAAACUGCUUUAUACUUUGUGUUUUUAUACAACAUACCUUUUUGAUAUCUUCUGUAUUCACUGUGAUUGAAUGGCACAGGGGAUGCUUGUGCUCAGUGUAGUAGGCUGUAAGUGAGUUAAUUGUCUUUUUUUUGGUUUUCUUUUUCCUAGCAGCUACUUUGCCGUUCAUACUGUACAGUAAGCUUCAAGAGUUGUACCAAACGCUCUCCAGUUUCAUCCCGCUUCGCCAAUCAAAGACAGUAUGAGUGAGAAUGGGCUUUCUUUACUUUCAUGUCUUGUUAAUUGACCGGUUUUGAUGUUGCUUAUUGAGUUUUAAUGUAACGCCUGAUUAUGCUAGUUUGAAUAAAGAUUUUUAAUCCAUCU